AUGAACCUCCCUCUUAGUCUUCUCGGCCUCUUGGCUACCAUGCUCGCCCAAACCGCCGCCUCUCCCAUCGCAGAGCCGCCAGAACAAACGGCUGGCUGUACCGUGACUAUCGGAGCUUGCCCCAACGGUUCGCUGAUCGAGCUCAACCUCACCGAGUGCGCCUGCAAAUGUCUCGAGAGCUCCUGCAGUGAGAUCGGAGGAUGCGACAAUCCUAAUGGCACACCGUUCAAGGGUGAUGAUCUUGGCAACGAGUUCCAAAACUGCGUACAGAGUACCAAGUGCUUGCCCAUCUUUGCCGCCGGCCAAGAACUUAACCCAAGUUUGAUCAACUGCGCGCCCUGA